UCACAGGGUGGGCGGGCGGAAGUAGGGUGGUUGUGCAAGCGUGAACCCAAGUACUGAGCAAAAGUGCAAAAAUAACUGGCAUCUCGUUGCCUCGGUUCGGGCUUUCACAGUCACUCGUUCUCGAUUCAUUCGGUUUUCGGCAAUUAAAUUUCCUGUGUGCAAAUCGAAAAGGUAACCCCGAACCGAGUUCGAACGGUAUAGAAAAGUGAACAAUAUCGUACAAUCUUUAUAUAUAUAGAGUUCAACGGUUAUCACCUUCAGCAGCUGAAGAGCACAGGCAAACCACAAGUAGAAAAAGGCUAGUGGAGAAAAAAAGGAUGUUCUUCGUCGGAUCACGACCUUUUAUCGGCUAGUACCUAGUGAAAGCGAGUUUCAUUUUGGCUGCGAAAGGAAAAUCCAACGUCAGAUGAAAAUUGGAUAAAAGCCGAAAAGGAGAUUACCUGCCUCACUCUCAACGGAGUCAUCAGCCACAGGUCGUUUUGCUGGUGGUUUGUUUGAUUUUGGCGUCGUCACCGAAUACCACGCGUCUAGCUAACAGUCAUCCUUAUAGCGUGUAUAUUGUUUCGUUCGGAAGUAUCGUUCAGGAAAUAUGGAUAAAUGAGUCCUAUACUAACCAACACUACGAAAAAGAAAUGGUUCAAUUUUUCAGGGUUAUAGCCAGGGCGAUGAUAGAAAUUCUCAAGUAACCUCAUCAGCCAUGGAAGAUACACGACGGGCCCGGAAAGAUUUCAUACAAAGGCACGCUGACUCCUGGCCUAGCCGAAACUCACUGCCGGCGAGUCCGAAAAUAAUCAAAACCACCGACGACGACGAUCCCGCGACCAAUCGCAGUGCUGUGUUCGAUUAUUGCCAACUAUCAUCGCAAGCAUCGUCCACUGCUCAGUACGAGUAUGAUGCCAUCAGCCCUAGGUUUGAACGUAAGCGCUUCGAAUACUGCUAUCCCAAUGUGUCCAAAGAAGACUGCAGCAACAGCAUAUCAAAGGAUAAUCAUGAUCUAGAUCGUAAGAAAAAUCGAGUUUAUCCGAGCAAAACGCCGGACAAUUCCUUAGAAAAUGAACCAAUCCUCGCUGAAUCGAACGCAGGUUCCAGUUCACCGGCCCCCAGUAGCUCAAGGGCGAAAUCGCCCAAUCACUCACCUCGUCCCACACGCCGCCAGCUCAACAGCGAGAUCAAUAUCACGUCCAAUCCCGGCUAUCAGGUGCUGCGGAACUCCCACUCUACACUGGAUCGCACAUGUUCGGAUAGCGUGGUGUCGCUCAAUUGCCGCAAAUCAACCAGUGACCUAACGCAGACCACCGAUGCCAAUGCGGUCGGACUGGGCGCGGUCGGGCGGAAGGGGCGUCGGAGAAGCAGUCACAAGGGUGGCCUUGCCUAUCUGGCCAGCAGGAGAAGCUCCCGGGAGUCGAUAAAAAGUGCCGCUUCGAACACGUCCGUGUUUUCCAACGAGGACAUCGGUCCGUUGGCCUUUCAAGCAUCCGCUCGUGGGAGGCAAAGGCGGACGUCAAACUUUCUGGAGCUGCCCAUUCCUGAUCAUGCGAGGCCUCGCGUUUGUUCUUUGCCUGAGCGUCCCUACAAUCCAAGACAGAGUGACGAUCUGUACCGGUUGAGACAUUUUUCCAUUAGCAAAGGAACGGUGGUCAACUGCGGGGAUUCGAUGAUCUCGCGCCGUUCGAGGAGCAAUACCAGUGUGAAUUCUACUGCGAGUCGCGCCAGUGAACGUUCGCCCUUUGAAGGUUCCUGCUGUGGGGGUGGUUACGCUACGGUGGAUUCGCUUCCCUCAUCCCCGGCCGCCGAUGAAGAUGACAGUGAACCGAUCCCCACGAGGUACCGCGUGGUGAUGCUUGGCGACUCCGGCGUUGGCAAAACCGCUCUCGUUUCCCAGUUCAUGACGUCCGAGUACAUGCACACAUACGACGCCAGUUUGGACGAUGAGUUUGGCGAGAAAACCGUUAGCGUCCUGCUCGAUGGUGAAGAGUCCGAGAUGAUUUUCAUCGAUCACCCGAAUGUGGAGAUGAGUGUGGAGAACUCGUUAUCAACAUAUGAACCUCAUUGCUGCAUCGUCGUCUACUCGAUCGUGGAUCGAAACUCGUUCCGCGUCGCGGAAGAGAUCCUCAACUAUUUGUGGUCGGAGAACUACACCAAGGAAAAGGCGGUCAUCAUCGCGGCCAACAAGUCCGAUCUGGCCCGCUCCCGGGUGAUCAACACAUCAGAGGGAAAACAGUUAGCCACCUCGCGGGAAGCGAAAUUUAUCGAGACAUCCAGUGGAAUUCAGCACAACGUGGACGAACUGCUGGUGGGUGUAGUGAAACAGAUUCGACUCAAGGAGCUACGCGAAAAGCGAUCCAGUGCCACCAAUCUGCGGAACUCACGUACCCAGAUGUCACUUCACAUUGCCAAGGAAAUUUUGCACAAAAUCUGUCUUACCGACAUCACCAAGUCAAAAAGUUGCGAAAAUUUGCACGUUCUUUAAAUCUAAAAGUAAACAACUGAUUAAAUUACCCACCACCCCCCGCCUCACUAACUAGCUCAAUGAAGUCAAAUUGAAGAGCUUUUGUUUGUUACGGUCGAUUGAAACAAUCAUGCAGGUAAUUUUUAUCAGCCAGCCUUACCCUAGUUAUAGGAGGCUUAUAAACACGCAAGUCUAAAAAUUGAGGGUGAUAAAAAAAAGUCGUAAACCGACAUCUAUUCCAAAGAAACGUUGUGUAGAGAUAGAAAUGCAAGAGUGUUUAACAACGUGAUCUAAGUAACCAUAAGUAGCGAAUAGCAUAAAACAUCACUCGAUAAAAUGAAAGUCCCGUAUUUUACCACAAAAAACAUUACUGCUCAAUGAGACACAAACCGCACCUGUUACCCCACCCGUCCUCUUUUCGGUUCGAGAGUGUUGAAAAUGCGGCGAAAACACAAAACCAUUGAAAAAAUAACCCGGCACCUUUUCCCACCCGGUUCGCGCUGACUGGUGUGACAGAUGUGUGCCAAACUUGACCUCAUAUCACGUUUUACACUUGGUCCUCUCGGUCGCCAUUACCGGAAUAACCUGUUGCCUCGCGCAGUACCUACACGUACGCGAACGUCGUUUAAUCACUAGCGUCGGGUGACGGGGGGUUGGAUUGAUUUUUCUGACAAACAGACGGUUGCUGUUGCUAUGAACUGCCGAAUGAAACAUAAAUUCACGUUAUCAUGAGUAGCUUUCAAAGAUAUGCGCGCAAAAUAUGAUUUUUUUUUAAUUACUGUAACUAUUUCUUAACUGCCAUCGUAGAUAAUCUUUUAGAUGAUUAGUGAAAGCGAACCUAACAUAUCCCUUAUCCCAGGUAACCAAUAAGCACAUUUGGAGGUUAUCAGCCGGCAUUAUGGCAACGCAGGCCCGUGCGCAGAAAACUCUCAAGGGGGGGGUUUGAUUUUUAACGUUUAUUUUAAAAGAAACGUACAGAAAACCUCAAACUUUGAAGAUUUUUUCAGAGGCCUGGACCUAGUCUUGUGAACCAAACGACUCUGCUCAACAAAUUGGGUAAAUGUUUGUUAUCGAGAAGAAGUCAUCAAAAGACACCGCUGCAUAGUGGUCGGAAACCCCAAAAACGCGAACUUAAUUCACUUUAGGCCAAACCAUCGAAUAUAUUCACAGGAUAUCUUUGGACGAAUUGUUCGUAAGAAUAUUCCCCACAACCUGAUAAAAAUUAAAACUAGGCAGGGCUUACUACGAUCAAAUUAAAAAAAAAUGAACUUUUUAUGCUGACUUGGUAGAAAGUUGGUGUCUUCGACAAAGUUUUAGAAAUGCUCGUAAUAAAGAAUUUUGUUGAACUAGUUAAACUUGUAAGAUUUAAUGUUAUCGAUUUGUAAAGCGUUUUCUAUGGCAACACCCUCAAAUUUAGUUUUUUUAAUAUAACUUUUUCCACUGUGACUUUUCGUGCAAACCGUGCUCUAGACAAAUAUGGAGGCAUUAAAACCACAUAAUAUUGUUGAAGACUGUAAGUAAAAAUACCCAAGUAAAAACAUUACAAAAUGAGCUUAAAGCUUCUUACCUUUAUUAUGCGUAGUCCGGACAUUGAAAAUAGUGCCUGCUCGUCCAUUUUGGUUUGCACCUUUCUCUCUUAUACGCAGUUGAACUUGGUGUAAAAAAAAAUUAAAAUUCUUCAAUAACUCUAAAACGAAUGAGUGUUUUUACAAAAGUUGUGCGUGGCGCCGCCGAUUUCAGGUAAAAUUUUUAUAUGCAGUGUUCAACAAUAUUUUUACAUGCAGUCUUCAAAAAUAAUUUAAUUUUUACAUGCAGUCUUCAACAAUAUUGUGUGGUGUUAAUACCUCAACAUUUGUCUGGAAUAUUGUUUGCACGAAAAGUCACAGCGAGAAAAGCUAUAUUAAAUAGCUAAAUUUAAGGGGUUUGCCUUAGAAAACGCUUUAAAAAUCGAUAACAUUAAGCCCUACAAGCUCAAGUUGUUCAACAAAAUUCUUCAUUAUGAGCAUUCCCAAAACUUUGUCGAAGACACCAACGUUCUACCUCGUCAAAAAAAGUUAAUUUUUCUAUUUCAAUAAUAGUAAGCCAUGCCUCAAUUUAAUUUUUAUCAGGCUGUGGGGAAUAUUCUUACGAACAAUUCCUCUAAAGAUACCCUAUGAACAUAUUCAAUAUUUUGGCCUCUAGUGACGUUUUUGGCAUUUCCGACCACUGUGCGUUGAAUGCUGGCUCGUGGUGGAUUCGGAUUGGUUUGUAGUAGUUGUUAAGCCAACCGACUAAAUUUAAACCUCUUGUAUCUCGUAAUCCUCAUCCAUCCGGGGCAACUGUUAAGUACUGCUUUAGUAAGGAUUGUGUUCUUGCUUAUUUUGUUUUGUGUGAAUCGUCCUGUUUUUAUCCAUAGCUACUUUUCCUUACUUGCUGCCAAACCUUCGUGAUAUAUCUCACCUGCUCAUGUCUGCUGCAAAUAUCGCACCCUGUUGAGACAUGAACCGGUCCGGGGGUGUCGACCAUAAGGAUUUACAUCUGUUUACAACCACCUUCGCCGGGUUUCUUAUCCUUCUUGGUGCUAGUCGUUUCUAUUUAUCUGCUAGCUGGUGCUGAGAACUUCUUGGCGGCAGUAUUUCACCCUAUACCGAUGCCCAUUUUCGCGAUGCAUUUCUCUGUCACUCUAACGGAAUAAUCAUCGGCGGUAAAAUUUCUCCAGACAACGAUAUUCCAAUUUUCUCCAACUUCGUGUUUUUCCUCCUUAACUGCCGUUGCUAGCCCUCUGACCGACAUCUGUUGUCUACUCACUACUUUUGCCAAUAUCGAAGCUUGUCGAUACGUUAACCGAUCCUUCAGAGAAGCCGUCCAACUUGACAUACAUUCCUUUCCAGCCACCCUCGCAAAGUUUCGUCCUUAGUUUCUUCAUUGACUUGUUUCUAAAGUGACCGAUCUCAAAUGACAUUUUAUGUGUCCAAACGGUUUGCAGUAUAUUUAUUUUCCUGGACAGGAAGACAAUUAAUUUUUAAAAGUAAUUCAAAACUAUCAUGAAGGGGGUUUGAACCCCCCCCCCCCUCGUGCGCACGGGCCUGUGGCAACGGGUUUCGUCCAUUGCACAGUGAUCCACAACGUAAACUUAAAAGGAAUUGAUUCUUUUCACUAAAACUUUUUGACUUGGCCUUAAAAAAUGUUUGAAAUAGAUAUUAUAGUUUAUAACACGCUCCGUUUUGUAAAAUUAUCAGCUAGGGAGGAUCUAAUUAUAACAAGAUCUUAAAUUGAACUUCUAAACGGUACGAGAUUGAGCUUCACUAACUUCAAUGAUGUUGUAGAAAAAUACAUUUGACGAAUUUCGCGCGAACUCGAACAAAUGUUGGCAGCACCCUCUCAGAUUUUAUUGAAACUUUCUGUACAUGAGAACUUUGUCACAAAAAGCCACUUUGCAUACGGGUCAUUCCACGUAAGAUUUACAACCAAAAUUUUGAUUCCUUCCAAAACUUUUUCUUGAAUUUUUUAGCUAAAAAUAAUUGACACGUAUUUAUUGUUUUGGCUGAAUAUGAUAUUCUUUUCAAUUAAUUAGUUUUUGAACUUUUGAAGUUUAUAAAGUUGAACAUUUUUCAAUCACUGAUAACUCGGAAACGAGUCGAUAUAUGAAAAAAUAGAUAAAAAAGUUGCGUUUUCAAAUAAGCUUAUUGAAAAAAAUACACAAAAAUUAUUUUUUGUUAUAUACCUUAUGAAGUUUGCAAUUAUUUGAAACUAAUUGAAUUUUUUAAUG